AUGGAGCCUUCAACUUCAUCAGCCAGUGCCCCCAAACACAUUCCCAAUGUCACUGGUCAAACAGCGUCUAAACUACUCGUAAAUAGGAAACAAAACGGUAAUCCGGUCUUAAAAUACGUCAGAGCUGUAUCAUACGAAUGGUCUAACGAAAUUCGACCAGAUUACCUGUUUGGACCUUGUGGCAUACUUUAUUUGACAUUGAAAUGGCAUAAAUUACACCCUUCGUACUUGGAUACACGGCUCAAUGACUUGAAUGCCAGUGAUAUGAAGGUAAGAUAGUUCUUAGCUUUAGAGUAUUAAUUUUUGAGCGUACUGUAUACUCAUAUGUUAUAUAUAUACUGAAAUCGCUUAUAUGUAUUAUAUUAUAUUUAAGAUCCUGCUUGUUGUGAACAUGGUAGAAGAUCCAUCGUAUUUGUUGAAGGAUCUUAACAUGUUGUGUUACCGGAAUCAGUGGACGUUGAUUGUCACUCAGUCGGUCGAAGAAGCAGGAGAAUAUAUUGAAAACUUGAAAUUGAGUGAAAGAAGAAACCCAGCUGAUGCCAUCAGGGCGAUUAAUGAGUACAGAAUGAAGCGACGUAACGAUGGGAAGCCUCUAACCAUGAAGGAGAAGAACCGACAGGUCGGUAGAAUAAAACAAGACUGCUUAUAUUACUAUAAGAGAAGACGUAGUAGGGGAAAAAUUAUCUUUUUGACGUACACUUACCAAAAGAGAUAUGUAUAAUUUCAGAACUACGAAGCAGCAAUCAAGUUCUUGAGUUCGGUCAAGACCAUCACCAUAUCUGAUGCCAAGCGCCUUCUGGGUUCUUUUGGAUCUCUUCAAACCAUCUCGCAGUGUUCGAUCGAUCAGAUCAACCUCUGUCCAGGCUUGGGGCCUACCAAAUCUCAGCGAUUGUACGAAUUCUUCAGAUUACCUCUGAUCAAAAUGAAAACUAAAUAA